AUGGCUCUGUCGGACACUAUUUUGUUCGAUGAGGAGGAAGAGGAGGGAGAGGAGGGAGAGGAGAAUGAGGAAGCAACCGGUGGUUCGGGAUCUAAGGACAAUUUCACCGACACGCAGGUAACACUUCUGAUCACUUUGAUUUUGCUGGCUGGCUUGUUGAUGCUUUUGGGAUACCUCUGGGUGAUCGUGACAGUGGCUCGCACUCGGAGACUCCACACCGCUUCGGACUCCUACCUGGCAAGCUUGGCGGUGGCCGAGAUUGUACUAGCGGUGUGUGGUUUACCUGCAAUAUUCAUCCUCAGCGGCAGUUCCGGGUUCAGCUUUGCCUCGGUUCUCUUCUUGUCCUGGGGUAUCCUCUUUUCUGUCCUGGGGUAUUUCUUGAAUGCCGUCCUGAUAGCCACCGACAAAUGGCUCAGGAUUUCCCGCCCUUUCGUGUACGUGCGGGAAAUGACGCGGGCGAAGUGUGCCGUCUGCCUGUCCGUAGUUUGGGGGUUGUCCGCGGCAGGGAGUCUGGCUGGGGCCGUUACUCACGCAUCAUGCUUGAUGGGGGACUUUUCCAAAGACCGCGUGUUUUCAUCCUUCUCUCUUCUGGCGAUCAUCUUCUCCUAUGCCAUCAUCUUGCCCUGCGUCACAACCAUCACUGUAUUCAACAUCCUAAUCGUGCGCAUCGCCAGGCACCAAGCUCGCGCCAUUGCGGCUGAUCUACCAGCCGCUCCCCGCCAGAUAAUGGAGGGACCACCUGGUGAACAUCGGAUGCAACCCCCCGGCAACCAGCCUCAUCCCCCCGGUGCCGUUCAUCGCAAAAGCACCAGGCAAUUCUCCAUCUUCUUCUUGUCCUUCGUCCUAGCUUGGACUCCGGUGGUGGUCACCUUACCCAUCGUGCACUACACCGAAGCAACCGAUGAUAAUAUGCCCGUUGUGGUUGUCCUUCUGAUCGCGUCAAUGUUCGUUCUUUGCCAGGCCGCGUUUGGGACUCUGAUCCUGACGGUGCUGCAGAGAGAAUACAGAGAGAUACUGAAGGGGGACUUGAGAGGAAUCGGAGAGAAACUUCACUGCAUCAGAAGACGCUAA